CAGUCCCAACUCGUUUGCUGAGGUGUAUACCUGCUCUAUCUCAGCUCACAUCACAAUACCAGCCACAGGAGCGUGUAGCUCUACAGAAGCUGAUUGGUGCAGAGACCAAGAGAGAGGGAGACAGAGAAAGUUGGGAUUGUGUCGGGGCGUGUGCAGUUUGCGGUGCGCGCAUGCCAGUCCAGAUCUACGUCGAUGACACACACACACACACACACACACACACACACACACACACACACACACACACACGUCCCAUCUCCCUGGCGCGGUUGAAGGGAAAGUGUGAGUGACGAGACUGAUUCAUGGAGACAGCGGAGAGAGAGACACAGGCAGAGACGACGAUGAUGUCCCCGGAGGUCUUUGACGAUGUGGAGGUGGAGGUGGACUUGGACGAGGACGAAGACGAGGACAUGGACUUGGCGGACACUGAGUGUCUGGGCAGCAUGACCCCGGAGACUCAGGAGAUCUACCUGCGGCUGGGUCACCACCGCAGACGUUCUGGGCUGCGCCUGGCCCGCAUCAUCGCCAGGCAGCAGCUCCUGAGGAAGAUCAUGCAAGAAAUCGAGGCGAAGGAAGCAUGCGAUUGGUUGAGGGCUGCGGGGUUCCCACAGUACGCCCAGCUGUAUGAAGACUCCCAGUUUCCCAUCGACAUAUCGGCUGUCAAAAGGGACCACGACUUCCUGGACAAAGACCUUGUGGAGCCCCUGUGCCGGCGGCUCAACACGCUGAACAAGUGUGCCUCCAUGAAACUGGACGUCAGCCUCCCCAAGAAGAGAAGCGAAGACUCUGAUGAGGACGACCUGCUGGCGAUUAGCAACCGAUGGACAUUUGAGCCGAGCAGCCGUCGCUGGUCCCGCCUGCAUGACAUUGACCUCCUCCUGGGCAGCGACCCUCAGCGGCGGAGCCUGUCGGACGGCGGCAGUGGCAGCGGCGCGGACGGCGGUGACGGCAUGGGCUCGGGCAUGCGGCCCACGGUGAGCAGCGAGAGCGUGCUGACGGACCUGAGCGAGCCCGAGGUGUGCUCGCUGCACAGCGAGGACUCGGCCUCCGUGCUCAUGCCGGACUCGCUCUCCCUGACGCCGUCGCCGGGCGCCUACUCCGCUCACGCGUCCCAGCACUCGCCGGGCGACUUCCCGCACUACCACUCCCUGCCGGCGAAGGUCAGUCGUCACGGGCGCACGCGGGCCAAGGACUUCAUGCGGCGUAUGGAGACGCUGCGCUCGUGGGGCAGCUCACUGGGCCGGCCUGACCGGCGCUCGCUGGUCAUCAGCGGACCCGUUCUGCAGCGAGAGCCGGACGCUCUGCGGACGCUGCGCUGCGUCCAGAUCGCCGACGGCGAGGAGCUCCCCCUCCCGCCGCUCUACAGCACCAUGCCACGUCUCCGGCACCACAGCACGCCGGUCAGCGGCUGCGGGGCCACUGCGCGGUCUCCCACCGAUGAGGACCUCGUUGACCGUUCAGAGAGCACCGCCGGCGGCGCGGAUGACACCGCUGGUGUCUCCGAGGGCAACAGUGUGGCCGAGCUGCUGCCCACGCAGACGGACCUGCUCAGCAAGCGUGGGGGCGUCUACCUGGAGGGCAUGGAUGUGCUCUCGACUGGACAUGAACACGCUGAACCGACCGAGGACCGGAACAACACCAGCACUAGCCCCAACACCAGCACUAACACUGAUAUUAACACUGACUCUAAAACAAACGCUAGCACUUCCACCACCAACACCACCACCACCACCACCACCACUUCCACCCCCAAAAGAGCUGGUGCUGUGCGGAGGAACCAGUUCCGCUCCUACGACGACCUGGUGGUGCACGUGCCCAAAGACCACAAGCCAGGCACCUUCCCCAAAGCACUGUCCAUCGAGAGCCUGGCGCCCUCCAGCAAUGACAUGAUAAACUGGAGGGCCAGUGGUGAUAGCCAGACGCGGGGGGGAAGAGGAGGAGGAGGGGGGCGGUUGUCCGGCCGCUGCUGCCCGCACGGCAGCCGCAUCAGCGUCUACGACAACGUGCCCGGCUCGCACCUGUACGCCAGCACCGGCGACCUGAUGGACCUGGAGAAGGAGGACCUCUUCCCACACCUGGACGACAUCCUGCAACACGUCAACGGCCUGCAGCAAAUCGUCGACCACUGGUCCAGGAACGUGCUCCCGCCCGACGGCGAGGGGGAGGGUCACCUUCACGAGGAGGAUGAGGAGGGGGAGGAAGACGAGGACGGGAUGAAAGGGGUGGGGUCUGCGAGCCAGAUCACACUGGACUUUGAGGGACUGGCCACGCCAAGUGACGGCGAACGGGACGGGGUGUCGCUGAACGACACGGACUCAACCAGCACGCGAGAGAGGAGAGACUCGGGGGUCGGGGCUUCGCUGACCAGACCGAGACUAAGGUGGCCCAGCUUCAGGAUAUCUAACCGCCAAUCAGGGGUCUCCCUACAGAUCAAUAGCCAAUCAGCUGGCCAGCUAAGCCUGUUACAGAAGUUCUCCUUGUUACGCCUCACUGCCAUCAUGGAGAAAUAUUCGAUGUCUAACAAACAUGGAUGGACCUGGUCUGUGCCAAAGUUUAUGAAGCGGAUGAAGGGUCCGGAGUAUAGAGAUAAGGUGGUGUUCGGCGUGCCGCUCCUCGUGCAUGUGCAGCGCCAUGGCCAGCCCCUGCCGCUCUGCAUCCAGCUGGCGCUGCGCUAUCUCAGGAGCCAGUGUCUGGACCAGAUAGGCCUGUUCCGUAAGUCAGGUGUCAAGUCUCGCAUCCUGGCCCUGAGGCAGAUGUGUGAGACGUCUCCAGACACGGUGGACUACGAGGACCAGUCGGCGUACGACGUAGCCGACAUGGUCAAGCAGUUCUUCAGGGACCUGCCUGAGCCACUCCUCACCAGCAAAAUGGGCGAGACUUUCCUGCACAUUUACCAGUAUGUCCCUACAGAGCAGCGUUUGCAGGCGGUGCAGGCGGCCAUCAUGCUCAUGUCAGACGAGAGCCGCGAGGUGCUGCAGACACUACUCUGCUUCCUUACCGAUGUCACUUCCUCUGUGGAGGAGAACCAGAUGACCCCCAUGAACCUGGCUGUGUGUCUGGCGCCCUCGCUAUUCCACCUCAACAUCAUGAAGAAUGACAACCUGUCGCCCAGGUCCAUCCAAAAGAAGUACGCCACUGGGCGGCCAGACCAGAAAGACCUCAAUGAGAACCUUGCUGCCACUCAAGGCCUCGCCCACAUGAUCAUGCAGUGCAACAGUCUCUUUGAGAUCCCCCAGGAGAUGGUGGCCCAGUCAAGGAACUCGUAUAUGGAGGCUGAGCUUUUGGCGCCCCCUCUGGAUGAGUUGUACAAACAGCAGCACCAUCACCAUCAGCAGCAGCAACAGCAGCAGCAGCUCCAGGAGGAGGAGGAGGAGGAAGAGGAGGGAGAGGAGGACAUGGAGGAGGAGGCCUCGUAUCUCACUCAGGUGGAGAGGCUGACCCAGAACCUGCUGAAAGAGACGCGGGAGAAGACGAAGGGCUGGGUGAGCCGGCCGAGUCUGGACAACACAGAACUGGCCUUCAGGAAGGUGGAGGAUGGGACUCCGUUGCGGAGGUGGCGUGUGUCUGUAGAGGUAGAGGCCCCUCCAUCAGUCGUGCUGAACCGCCUACUACGAGAGCGCCACCUGUGGGACAGUGACCUGCUGCAGUGGAAGAUUCUGGAAACGCUGGACAAGCAGACAGAGGUGUACCAGUACGCACUCAACAGCAUGGCUCCUCACCCCAGCAGGGACUUUGUGGUUCUCAGGUCAUGGAGGACUGACCUGCAAAAGGGAGUGUGUACACUUGUGUCAAUCUCUGUGGAUCACGAGGACAGUCCGCCCAUGGGUGGGGUCCGAGGAGUGGUUCUGGAGUCACAGUACUUGCUAGAGCCAUGUGGGUCAGGGAAGUCCAGACUUACUCACAUCUGCAGGAUUGACCUCAAAGGACGGUCUCCGGAAUGGUAUAACAAAGCCUUUGGUCAUCUCUGUUCUGCUGAAGCUGCCCGCAUCCGCAACUCCUUCCAGAGUCUGGACUCUGAGGGGCCAGAAACCAAGAUCUGAGACCUGACGCCACUACCGGCAUAGGCCAGACUGGAGACUGGGGACAGGACCUACAAAAUGUAAGAGACUGAAUGUCGUGGAAUGGAAGACGACAAGCAAACAUUGGUUCGACUUGACAAAGGUCUAACUGCCAGACUUCCUGCUGUCCCAGUUGAGUCUUAGUCUGUGUACACCAUUUAGUUCUCAUCUGCAUAGUAUGUAUCACUGCCACCUGGUGGUAUAUGCAGGUCUUGCAACAAUUAUACAAAAGCAUGGUUUCACAUUGAAUAUGUGUAACAGUGAGAUAAAUAGUGGAAUGAAUGCUAAAAAUAAUGAAAACCACAAUUGUGUCCAUUCAUUAUGUAAUCCUACUUUAGACAGAGAGAUAUUCUGCAAUGGGAUGAACCAAAUUAUCUGGGUUUUCUAAGUAGCAUUAAAGAACAUAUUGCCAUGUUCAUUUGCGGCUCAGUUUCAACUAACGACGUGUGUGUACUUUUGUAAGAACCGGCAGUUCUAGUGCUGUGAUUUUGCCUAAUGCUGAGCAUUUGAAGUAAACCCAUUUUUGACUGCUUUAUAUGCACAUUUCUGUGGCUUGGGAAAGCAAUGACCAAUAGCUUUAAUAAGUUUAAUAUUAUGUGAGUCUGUCUUGUGACACCUGUAUUGCUUCUGUUGUCAAUUGCAAUUACAGUAAUAAUUUGUGUUAGAUGCAAUAUCAGUAGAGCAGCCUUAUAGUGGGAUACUGAUGCCAUUUUCAAGACAAAUGUGUUGUUGUUGUUUUUUUUUUUUGUGAAAAUACUGUAUUGAAUUGGAUGUUUUGGUAGUGACAAUAGAGUUCACAUAAAUGCAUUCAAUUCAGGAUAAAUAUGCUGACAGUAACUUCCAUGGGAUUACCAAGAAGGCUUGUAAAUUUGAGAACAAGUUAAUUGUGUGAACAAGGUAAUUAUAUACAUGAGGGAGUAAUGGAACAGUACCGUUACCAUAUGUUCAUGUCAAUACAUCACCACUGCCAAGAACUGAAAUUUGUUGAAAGUAAUCCUACAUUAUUAUUAUUAUUAUUAUUAUUAUUAUUAUUAUUAUUAUUAUUAUUAUUAUUAUUCAUGUUGUUUACUGUUUUGUCUCUACAAUGUCUAGGACAUUUAACCAUUUCACUGCUUCUGGGAAGCAUUUACAUUAUAUUAAUUUCUUCCACAGUGAUAUAUAGAUAAAUAUGAGUCUGUAAGCCCCAUGUAUGUAGAAGUCUGUGUCUAGAUACCUGUUGCCAUUUUUGUAUAAAUGUUGUAAAUAUGCCAUGCUUACUGACAGAUUCAACUGCUUCUUUGCCCAUUAUGGCUGCGUGUUGACGUUGAUACAUUUUUGAAUGGUGUUGUAUGUAUAAAUCUCCAGUACCAAACUAUAGGCUGGUGCUGUCUGCUGUGGUGCCAUGAUGAUGUUUGAUCCAGGGGUUUUGACAGGGAGCCUAAGACCUACAGGUAAGGUGCUAAAGGCUCCAGACAUUAUGUGAUGAGCGGAACAACAGGGUGUCUGAUCAUAACAGUUUAUAGGAGGGAGGGGGAGAAGAAUCUCUUACUUGAUUAAACUGUCAGAAACUCUUCCA